AUGCAUAUUCUUGAUGAGCGCAACCUCAAACUCAUCAUUCCAGCAGAUGAGGGUGCAAUGGUGCACAACAAAAAAACUGGUGACCUCGUUCUAGUUGUUGUCCAGGAUUUCUGCAAGGAUCCUCAGAUUUGCGAAUCAGUCAACAAGAUGAUUACCAAAGAUUGUAUGCUGAAGCGCGAUAUCCAGAAAGAGGAUCUAGGCAAGCUUGUCCUGUCUGGCUAUUCUGCAGGGUCCCGCAAUGGAGGGACAUGGGAUUGGGCGUGCAAUGUCAAGGGACCAAAGCACGAGCUCAAUGUUUGCUUGGCAUUUGCGCUGAGCUUCAGCAAGAUGUGCACCCUACUCCCAGUCGAGGUGCUUGGCAACUACGUGGAGUGGCUCACAGCAAUUGGGUUUCCCCGCAUGGAUCACCGCAGGGCAAUGGGAUCAGGAGCUGAGGGGGAUAGCUGGGGCCGGGGAGAGUAUUACAUCAAGAGAGGCGAUGAUACAAUUACAUUCCGGGAUGUGACACUCGCACCUCCAGCUGGAGUCAUGGCCUCCAACUAUGCGCGUCACCUGCAUAAGUAUGGGUACUCUUGGACGACAGGCUGGAUGGCUGAGGUCAGCGGACACUUCUACAUUGCCUUAUAUGGGAUCAAGAUUGUCCAAGCCGCAAAUACCUUCAUUGCAUGGCAGCCUUGCCAGCUGCAUGGCACAAGCUUACUUGGCCUUGGGCCAGGUGGCCUUGGCCGCAGCAGGAGUGGUAGGCCACCCUUCUUCCAGCAGGGCUUGAGCUUCGUCAGCAGCACACGACUUGCAUCGACCUGGCGGAAGUACAAGGCGCAGAUGAUCACUCAGGAACAGGCAGCAGAGGAGUAUGGAGAAGGGAUGGAAGCAGAUGUUAACAACUGA